UCUUCCUCACCUUGAGAAGCCGUAACCUUUGGUCGAGUUUGUUGGUGGGUCUUUAACCCUGAUACGGCUGCAGUAGCAGGUGUUCCACGGAUUGGACAAGUCUCUUGAGGCAAGGUGUGAGUGUGUGUCCUCACACAGUCCCCUAUAGGCUGAGAUCACCCUCGGGGAGGCAACAGUCGAUCUCCUGUGAUGGGCAAAGGUUGAGCGAGGUUUGUGUUAUACCUGACUACUCCUGUCUGUGGAUGCCAUUCAGCCACUGUCACUGCACAAGCAAAUUCAAGAAGAUUCAGUUAUCAGACACGGUGUUGCAGUCAUGGAUGGUUACACUGACAGCAUUCCUUCCCCAGAGGGACAGACUGUGUCAGACUUAAAGACCCACUCUGCUGCCGUCCCCAACGGAGACGCCGUCACAGAGAACCUGAAAUCUCAUCCUUCCAGCGCAACAGAGGCACCAGCUCAAUCUCCCACAUCUCUAGAGGAAGAUACGGAAUCGCUUUCACUUGAAGAGCCCAGGGUAAUUCCACUGUCAAAGACGAAUGUGGCAGCAUCUGUGGCCCAAGCCGAUCAGCUAUGGAGCACCAGCAGAAACAAGGCAGUGCAGCUGAGGAUGGAGGACUCAGGUUUGGCCUCGGAGACUCCCGUCACUGUCCAUCAGUUGUUCCUGGAGACAGUGGAACACUACGGUGACUAUCCUGCCUUAAAGUCCAAGAAGGAAGGUCAGUGGGAGACACUGACGUGGAGGCAAUACUACGAACAGUGCCGGACAGCUGCUAAAGGUUUUCUCAAGUUGGGCCUGGAACGAUAUCAUGGCGUGGGCAUUUUGGGAUUUAACUCUGCCGAGUGGUUCAUCGCAGACAUUGGCUGCAUCCUGGCUGGUGGUCUGGCAACCGGCAUUUACACGACCAACUCGCCUGAAGCCUGUCAGUACGUGGCUGCCAACUGUGAGGCCAACGUCCUGGUUGUCGAGAACCAGAAACAGCUCGACAAAAUCCUGCAGAUUAAAGAUCAUCUACCUCAUCUGAAAGCCAUUGUCCAGUACACAGGCGAGCCACAGCAAAAAGCACCAUUCCUGUACACAUGGGCAGACUUCAUGAAGUUGGGAGAGGAUGUGCCCGAUGAGCAGCUAAAUGCAAGGAUCGACAGUCUUCGGGCCAACGAGUGUUGUACUCUCAUCUAUACGUCUGGAACCACUGGCAACCCCAAAGGAGUCAUGCUGAGCCAUGACAACGUGACAUGGACAGCCCGUACAGCAUCUACCUUGGUAGAUUUCACCUACACAUCUGAGGUGUUGGUCAGUUACCUUCCUCUGAGUCAUGUGGCAGCACAGAUGGUGGACAUGUGGCUCUCGAUGGUCUUUGCUGGGACUGUCUACUUUGCAGAUCCCGAUGCUCUCAAGGGCUCCUUAGGUAACACACUGAAAGAGGCUCGACCGACCUAUUUCUUGGGAGUGCCUCGAGUGUGGGAGAAGAUGCAGGAGAAGAUGAAAUCUGUUGGUGCCAAAGCAUCGCCGAUGAGGAAGAGAGUGGCAGACUGGGCCAAGUCCAUCGGCCUGCAGUACAACUGCAGCGCCAUGAACGGGGAGAACGCAGUGCCAUGGGGUUUCAUGCUGGCUAAUAAUCUCGUCUUCAAGAAGGUGCGUGCUGUGCUGGGAAUGGACCGCUGCAAGAUCUGCUUCACAGGCGCUGCCCCCAUCACCAGGGACACACUGGAAUACUUCAUGAGCCUCAAUAUGCCACUUAUGGAACUGUAUGGGAUGAGCGAAAGCUCUGGCCCGCAUACCGUCUCCGUUAACAACAACUACCGCAUCCCAAGCUGUGGGAAGGUGAUGCCAGGCUGCAAGACGAAGCUGGACAACCCGGACAAGGACGGGAACGGAGAGAUUUGUUUCUGGGGUCGGCACGUCUUCAUGGGUUAUCUGAACAUGCCGGACAAAACUGCAGAGGCUCUUGACCAGGACGGCUGGCUGCACUCUGGAGACCUGGGAAAACAUGAUGACAGUGAAUUCCUGUACAUCACAGGGAGGAUCAAGGAGCUGAUCAUCACUGCUGGUGGAGAGAACAUUCCUCCUGUGCCCAUUGAGGACGCACUGAAGGCAGAGGUGCCAAUUCUAAGCAACGUCAUGCUAAUAGGAGACAAGCUCAAGUUCCUCUCCAUGCUGCUCACGCUCAAAUGCGUCGUGGACGACAACGGCGAACCCACAGACGAGCUGAACCCCGAGGCUUUGGACUUCUGCCAGCAGAACGGUGUCACUGCAACCAAGGUGUCAGAGAUCAUCGCCAACAAGGAGCCAGCUAUUUACACGGCCAUUCAGGAGGGCUUGGAACGCGUCAACGCCAGGGCAACAUCCAACGCUCAGAAGGUCCAGAAGUGGGUCCUUGUGGAGAGAGACUUCUCUGUCGUUGGAGGAGAACUGGGGCCCACCAUGAAACUGAGGAGACCGAUUGUCGCCAAGAUGUACGAGGAAACGAUAAAUGAAAUAUACGCAGUGGCGAAGCAGUAGCAUUUUUCUCCACAGAAAUCAACCUAAAGAGCGAUAUGUGGGGAAAUGAGAAAUACGGGGCAUGUUUUUAUGAACACUUUUACCUGAAUGUGAACCUGAAAACACAAAGAGGUUUAUCAUUUAAGGGGGUAAGACUCCAUUCUGAUUGUUGUAAUGAAUAAAGUGGAGUUUUGUGCUGCUUUUGUUUUCAUGUCGAGCUUUCCAAUGAGCUGUGGAGAAAUCUGCGCGUUGUCUGUUCCCAAUCGAUAUUUAUGUUGUUGAAUGUAAAUACGGUUUCACUGCAAAUGUGCACUUUUUGUAAAUAAGACAUGCAAAUCAGAGCCAAACCUUGCCAUGACCUUUGUGGCACGUAUGAUAGGUAAACAGUACACUGGACUCAGCAUCAAAGCAAUGUGCAAAUUACACUCCCACACAAAUGAAGUGCACUCUCAGUUAUGUUAGGAGCAUUUUGUGUCCUGGUUUAGAUGUGUGGAACAGAACAUCAUUUUUAGGGGACAAUAUUGUGCAGGGUGGUCAACACUGAGGAUGUGAAUUUGUUUUUGAAGCAGCAGUACCUGCAAACAUUGUCUCUAUAGAUUAGAAGUGAUGUUUGAAUGCAAGUGUUAUUGUAAUGUGUUGAAAAAAUAUUAUUCGUAUGUAUACCACUAAUCGGGAACAUGUGCAAAUUAUAAAGCAUGCACUUGAAUUUGUACAGUUUGAGAAGUGAAUUGUGAAUUCUGUGAUUUUUUUUUUCCAUGAUUGUCAAUUAAAAAAGGAGUGGAUUGGACAACCUGACUGAAUUGAAA